CUGCUACCUGCCUUCCUUCCUUCCUCUUCUUCCUUCCGCCGCCCGCCUCCUCCCCCUCGCCCACCCGCCAUGGCCCAUCACCACCUCCUCCCUUUACUCCUCCUCCUCCUCCUGCCCCUCUUCGCCUCCGCCGCGGCCACCGGCGACGAGGCGCACCUCUCCGCGGUGAUCGGCGACACAGGCCUGGCCUUCGCCAAGGACGUGCUGAUCGGCGAGGCGGUGCGGUCGCUCACCCCGCUCCGCCUCCCCGGGGCGGAGAAGGCCUUCCGCGUGCCCUUCCUCGGCGGCAUCCGCGCCGCCGUCUCCAACAUCACGCUCUUCCACCUCGACGUGGGGGAUGACUCCGUCGUCCGCCUCGGCGACUCGGCCCUCGUCGUCGUCGCCUCCGGCAUUACCGCCAACAUCAGCAUGGCCUGGAGCUACUCCUACUACUCCUGGUACUUCCCCGUGGAGAUCUCCGACAGAGGCACCGCUUCGAUCCUGGUUCAAGGAAUGGAAGUUGGGAUAACCAUGGAAAUCAAGAAUUACAAUGGAAGUUUGGCUCUGAACGCCACGCAAUGUGGUUGUUCUGUGAAGGACCUGGUGAUAUCUCUGGAUGGUGGAGCAUCUUGGUUUUAUCAAGGGUUUAUAAAUGCUUUUGAAGACCAUAUUAGAGCUGCGGUUGAAAAGGUAAUACCGGAAAAUAUUAUUGACAGCACAUCAAAACUGGAUUCGUUGCUUCAAGGUCUUCCUAGGAGUGUUAGUCUGGACAAUGUCACUGCUCUGAACAUGACUUUUGUCAAUGAUCCACUAUACGGGAAUUCCACGAUUGAGUUUGAUAUCAAUGGAUUGUUCGCUUCUGCAGUUGCUAAGACUAGCAAUUUGCAGAAGCAUCCCCAGCUUUCAUUAUCUUGUGGUGGAGCAUCAAAUAUGCUUUUGCUUUCACUCGAUGAAGAUGUAUUCAACUCGGCAUUAGAGGUUUACUUCAAGGCUGGUUCCAUGCAUUGGGUUGUAGACAAAGUUCCUGAUCAAUCUCUACUGAAUACAGCAGGCUGGAAAUUUAUCAUUCCUCGCUUAUAUUGGAACUAUCCAAAUGAUGACAUGGUCCUGAACAUUUCAAUGGCCUCAUCCCCACUGAUGAGGAUUACAUCUGAAAAGAUUGGUGCUACCAUUAAUGCAGACAUGAUAAUUGAUGUUUUACAUGGCACAGAGACGGUACCAGUUGCAUGCAUCUCUGUAAUUGUUAGCGCGUCAGGUGUUGUGGAGGCAUCAGGGAAUAAAGUAUAUGGUACCGUUGGCUUAGAUAAUUUCUCUUUAUCCUUGAAGUGGAGUAAAAUCGGAAACUUCCAUAUGUCUUUGAUUCAGGGAGUGAUACGGGUUUUCUUGAACACGGUAUGCAUGCCGUAUCUGAACUCGCACCUGGGGAAUGGAUAUAUCUUACCUGUGGUUCAUGGCUUCACUUUGAAAGACGUACAUGUAGUUACUUCUGCCGAACAGUUGAUGCUCUGUUCAGAUAUUACCUUCGCAAAUGCAAGCCGCUUGGCGGCUUUGCCAGUUUUGUGAUACCGGGUUGUACAGAGCCUGUAACUUCCAUCCGAGCCACAAACUAGGCCCUGGGGGAAGAGACGACACUUGCACAUAUGUGUACAUUAUUGUUCAUAGUCUCUUUGUUGAAAUUAUUCACAUUCAUUUGUACAAAUUUGUUUCCACUUAUCUAACACUCUCUCCGUCCCAAAAUAAAUGUCGCUGAUUCAGUACAAAGUUGUACUAAAUCAGCGACACUUAUUUUACGACGGAGGGAGUACAAUUCAUUCUUGCAUAUUGAUCUGUUGGAAAUGAAGUAGUGUCCAUGUCUGGUAUGUGCACAGCUAGCCACAUUAGGAUUUAGAAAUGUCAUAUAUUCCUUAUUGAAUUUGUGUACUUUCUAGUACUCCCUCUAUAAACUAAUAUAAGAGUGUUUAGAUCACUACUUUAGUGAUCUAAACGCUCUUAUAUUAGUUUACGGAGGGAGUACAAGUUUGAAGAAUCUGUAAGCAUGGUGCUACUGUACAUUGUGGGAAGUUUUGCAGAUCAAACGUAUUGAAUAGAUUGAUUUGGAAAGUGGUACCUUCGAACCAUAUCAAUGGAUUCAGAAAAGCAGGGCUUGAAUUAAUCCACCAACUUGUACGGUAUUAGCUUGUCUUGGUCGUGUGAAUCAUGCAAUGUGUUAGGGACUCUUUGGAUUAAAAGAAUUUUUUGGAGGAUUCAUUUCUUAGGAUAGUUUUUUCUAUAGAGCUUGCUUCGUUUGUACUCCUUUCGUUCCGAAUUACUUGUUGCAAGUAUGGAUGUAGGAUACAUCCAUACUUGGUGACGAGUAAUUCAGAAAGGAGGGAGUAGGAUUAAAACCUAUAGAAUUUUCUUGAUGUUCUACUUCCGCGGUCUUGGUUUAUUAGCCCCUUUUGUAUUUUGAGUCAAAUUUUGAGAUGAGAGGGAGGUCAGGAAAAGGGGUAUCUCUACUCCUAAUGUCUCAGUUGGUAGUCCGCGUUCCGGAUUUUAUUUUCGUCUCACCUCACCCGGUCUUUUUUGGUACUUUUUUGAUACUUUCUUCCACCUCCCGCUCAGCCGCGAAAAACCAAGAAAAAAACCCCAGCCAAAUCCCCCACGCGCCUAACCUCCCGUAGAACCCAUCUGUCACGAACGAAAACAAACCGAUGAAAACAAACCGGCGAAGAUUAACCAACGAAAAAAAUCACUGACCAAACUCCCGCACGUACGACCGAGGUAUCGUGGAUUCGUGCCCUCGAGCGAGAAACAGUCGCCCGACUCUCUGCCCUCGUUCGCCCACCGCCGCCCUUCGUCCUUUGGCCGCCGCCCUCCAGAUCCCUUCGCCUCCUUCCGACGCCGCCAGCCCCCGACCUCCUCCCCGGCUCCUGGCGCCGCCCGCCCCCCACAUCUCACCUCCCAGGUAAAAAAAACCCGCCGCCCCUCCUCUCGAUCCACCCCCUCCCGCUGCGACCUCUCUCUUCCCUCGUCUCCCGCUCCACCGCCGCCGCCCCAUCUCCCGCUCCGCCAUCGCCCUGCCUGACGGCACAGGGGAAACCCUAGAUCACGCGCUCCACCACCCUAUCUCCCUGCCCUUCGUCUCGCCGUCGCCGGAGGAGCGGCCGACGAAGCCCGCGUCACCUCUAAGGAAGGCGACGGUGGGGCCCUUCGUCCGUUUUCGUAGGCCAUGGCUGCCUGAGCGGCCCGGAGGAUGGACUGCGCGGUGUCUGCGCGUAGAGGUGCGGCGUAUCCCGUGCAGGCGAGCUCGUCGCAGCGUGCGGGAGGGCGUGGCGCUGUGGCUGUGUGGUGGAGGGCGCCGUGGAGCAGGGCGUCGAUCUGGAGGGCGUGGGCCGGAGCGCCCGUGCUCCGGGCCGCAAGGAGGCUCGCGGGCGCGUCGCCGGCGUGCGGCGCAGGGCGCCAGAGUUGAUGCGGCCUCGGCCGUUGGUCUAGCGGCGCCCUGCUGCUCGAGUGGGCAGGCGGGCCGGCCAGAUCUGGCUGUCUGUGGAGGCGGGCGUCCCUGCUGAUGGCGCUGCUGGCCUCCAGAGGGCGGGCGUUCUUGGACGUGCUCCUUGGCGCGGCUGUGCGGGGCGUGCGGCUGCACGUGAGGGCUGGCGCGGAUCUGGGCAUGGCAGCGUGAAGUGGCCGUUUCUCUGGCUCGAUCUACUGCUACGGUGUCCAGGCGACCGGAAGGAGAUGGUCGGUGGUUGGAGGGGCUGUAGGCGCGCUGGUCUUACACGGUGAGGGUUGGCGAGGUGGGCUACUCGGUUCCACUGGUUGGAUGGUUAAGGUUGCCGGUGAAAGCUGAACUCCGGCAGUGGCCGGAGUUGUCGAUGGCGGCACCGGCAGGCUGUUUCCUUGCUAAAGUGUAUUGCGCAGCAGCCAGACAUGCCCAUCCGGCCGGAAAGGAAUCGGCAAGCUGCAGAUUGAUCAAGCUAAGUAAUUUUCUUAUCUUUGUUUGCACGGCCAGAUAGCACGCCUUCUUGCUGAUUACUUCUUCCCGUACACUCACGUGAAACAACAUAGAUUCACUAAUUGAUUUCGGCCAGAUGCGCUAAUACAGAAAGUUAGAAUUAUUUGACCUAUGAAUUCAUUAUAAAUGUACCGUGCUUUGUGCUGACAAUGAGUUCAGAGCAUCUAGCAUUGCCGAAGUCAUAUCGGUUAACACACUAACACUGAUCACCACCCUCACACAGGAAAAUGCCUCUGCGAUAUUUGAUAGUCCAGUCAAGAAACCAAUAUGUUCCGUCCUCCUCUAUUUUGCAAUAACUCGCUCGGUUUUCCUGAUCCUUCGUGUCCUUUUCCUAUCAAGGCUGGUAGUUAUUCCUCUUCUUGAUUGUUUUGUGUGUCGUCACAGGUGUCGUGGCUGGAGGCCACAUGGACCCCACCUCCGCCGCAGGGGCAACGUGUAUUUCCUCUUGCUUCACCGCCUUAUAGCCAAGCAGACCAGGAGUGACCUCCUCUCCUACUACACCAGCGGCCUUCACUGGCUCUGGAGACAUGCUGGCCAUUGACGCUCCGACGCCGAUGAGUAAUCAGUUCCAUCAUUGACAUAUAACCUGACAAGUUGUUGGGCAGGAUGGGUUCCGUUGGCGUUGUGGUCCAGACACAAUAAUUCUUUGAAGCAGCGCCGUAGUGGAAUGAUGUAAAAAAAGUGUGAUGUGCCACAAUUUGGAUGAAAUGAUUUCUAGCUGCUAUGAGGAACGAAGCUUAAUCGGUGACUGCACUCUUUUUAACCAAGCUUCAGUCUAAGGUAAAUGAUACCACAUAUUAUGCCUCCUCUUUUUAAUCUUCUAUUUCUCAUGCUGAAGUGUUGCUAUUAAUACUUGUAUGUUAAUUUAGCUAUUGGAAUCCUUCGUCAUCUUCCUGUUUGGUUUAGUAAUUAUUUGGGAGAUAAUCACUUUGGGGUUUCAGGCACCUUGGUAUGCACAUGGCAAUGCAGAGCCCAAGAAUAUGAUUCUGGACAGUAACCUGUAGUUUCAUCAACCAUACUUCUGGUCAUACUAUUGUACCUACAAUCACUCUCAUUCAAUUUUUUUUAGAGGAACUGCAUUUCACCGAUCUGGACAUUCAGUUAAGGAAUUUGAAAGGUUCAGUUCAUACAUGAUUGAUAUGUGCAUUUAAUUGCAAGGUCAAAACUUUUACUGAGAUGCUUCUUUGCCCCAUUACAAGUUACGAAUGACACUUAUUUUCAAGUUUGACGUCUAAUUGCUCCCUUCUUGAUGCAUAAUUUUCAGCAAUCAAGGUUGGUCGCUACCUUACCCUGUCCUCGCAUAGUUAAUAGAAAUCCAAUUUAAGGUUCUAUAAUUAAAUACAACGCCAAGAAGCACUACCGCGGGCAUCAUGUGUGCUUGAAACAAAUCUUCUCUUUUUCUAAAAGAGUGGUAUCAAUUUGUUCGGAAUUAGAAUAUUCCUCUUUUUGAAACACUCACAUGUCUUUUGAUUAUUCUAACCUGGGACUAAGUACAGUUGGAUGCAAGCUUGAUAUGUAAGUACGUCUUAGUUUAAUUAUUAGUCCUUGACCAUGAGCAAGAAUCUAGCUAGAUGGGCUUUCAUGUUACACAUAUAUGCUUGUUACUGGUUUGCGAGCUAAUAUCUAUUAAUUAAUUAGUUAAUUCUUGAAUUAACCUGUAAUUUGCUAACUAUUAUUGGUUAUCACCGUCCACCAUCUUCGUUUGGUUGUAAGUUGUUGACCAUUAGCAAGAAGCUAGCUAACUGUGUGUGCAUGCCACACACGUGCACAUAUAUCAGUUGUUGCGAGUUAAGAUCAUCUGCCAACUACCUUUAUAUGUAAUUGUGUGCUGCAUUCUCACUGCUUCCAGUAGAUACUAUCAUUUCAGAGUUCACCUAAAAUUUGCAAUGUUCAAAUUUUUGGGAUCAAAAACACAACUUUUUUUAAAUUUAAGCCAAUAUAAAGUGUGUGCAGGUUGACUUUUAAACCAUUUUUGCUUACAAGAAGCUUAUCAGUUGUAAUGUUUAGCACCUACAUAACCUGAUGGUCAUGUAGUGACUUGGGAUUGGCGAUUAAAGAAACAUGGGUAUCGAGCAUAUUAAUGUGAGAAGUAGAUAUACAAUAUGUUAUAAAGGAGAAGACAAGUAAAUAUUGAGUGUGAAAGAUACGUAUGAUUUUUUUACUAUCAUAUGAAUUAUUGAAUUUAAUCUGGUAUUCAACGCCUCAAAAUUAGAUUUAAUACAUGCUACUACACCAUUACUUAUCUCUACUAUUAAAGGAGAAUUUGACAAGUAAUCAAGCAAGUCAGCACUAUCGUCGAUGGAAGUUGUCGUGCGGAGAUGGAAGUUGACAAGUAAGUUUCUCCAUGAAGCUGAUCUGAUGUGAAGCUUGUGCCAGAUAAAAGGUUAAUUGAGUUCUCAUCUCCAAUAUGUGUGCAUUCUAACUAUCCUUGUUGAUUCAGUGGUUCCAUGAUGCUACAUUUCACUUGUUUUUCACCUCUUGAUGGUACUAUGGACAGAAGGCGUUUGCUAAUUUGCACAUUAAUUUUUUUUGAUAAACUGUGCCAAUAUCACCUGCAUUAUGAUUUUUAAAUUAUUGAUCCCUGCUAUAAUGUAGCGUGCCCACAUAACAAGUAUUCCGCAAUCUUCGCAAGCAUGUAUUUGUUUGUCUAACUGUAGGUGGAAGAACAAGAUCCACUGUGUGUGCAACGGCAACAAUAAAUAUCAUGUCAUUAGAUCAUGUCAUUUGACUUCCCGGAGAACUACAUAUUCCUGGCUAUUGGAAGGGUCAGGUCAGUACUGAGUUGAUUGCCCAGAGAGUUGAGUUUGUACAGGAGGCUGAUAAAAGAAGUCACUUGAUGGAUCUGCUCCAUGUGCAAAGAGACAGUUCAGAUCAAGGGAGCAAGCUCUCAUACUUGUCUUAGUGGAGAGUGGAGACCAAAAGGGGUGCCGACUCACUGGAGAACUGGUUUUGUAUGAAUGGAUUUUCAGCGACUUCAGUUCAUGGUGAUGGAAACCAGAAAGAGAUGCAUCCACGGAUGCCGCAGUUGACUGCAUCUUCAACCUUGGGGAGAUUAGUGAUAUUUGGCUAUGUUAGAGGAUCAAUGAUAGAGGAAAAAGUUAUUAGGAUAAUAGAAGUUGUUAGGCUAUUUUUCUUUGUACAUGUGAUUUUAAUCCUGAGGUAGGAGGGUUUGUAUGAGUGCAACUAUCACCUCUCAUGCAAUGCUAAAAGGGGAAAGGAAAAAAAUCAGAGGACUUUGUGAUCUUUUAUGUAUAUCAUUGCAAAAUUGUAUGGGAAAAUUGUUGAAUUUGUCAAAACUUCGAGGAUGGAAUUGAUGACGAAUGUUGCAAGUCAUUCUAAGUUA